AAUAAAUAAAUGCAAUAUAUAAAUAAAUAAAUGCAUAAAACAAGAUUUUUACGAAAAUUGAUAUGUAGAAAAAAUUAUAGUGCAUUACAUUUAGAAGAUACAAUGAGUGCUAAAGCAAUAUUGAAUGGCCCGAUAGAAAAUUCAAUUAGGAAAAAACUGGAAACUAUAUUGAAACCUCUGUAUUGUAACGUCAUUAAUGAAUCUUACAUGCAUAAUGUUCCCAAAGGCUCCGAAACGCAUUUUAAGGUAGUGGUUGUAUCAGAAAAAUUUAACAAGAAGCUAUUAAUUGAGAGACACCGAAUGAUACAUGAAUUAUUACAAGUGGAACUGCAAGAAGGCGUACAUGCUUUAUCAAUAGUAAUGCAAUGUAUGUUUAAGGCGAAAACACCAGAGCAAUGGGAAGCAAGCAGCAAAAUAGUGACCACGAGUCCUACUUGCAGAGGUGGUUUCGGAAAAUAAAGUUAUUUAAUAGUUUAAUCAUCAAUUAAAAAAUAAUAGGCUAUAAAAAUAAAUUAUGCAAUAUCUGUAAUAAACAUGCAUAUAAUAAACGUAUAUUUUACUGUGAUUUACAUAA